AUGGCGAACGAGGACCCCCAGAUUGACAAGGAGGGCGAGCGGCCGCCCAAGCACAAAGGAAAGCACAAGAAGGACAAGCCCUGGGACCACGAGGGCAUAGACCACUGGGCGGUGCAGCCCUUCAGCAAGGAGGACAACCCUGGGGGCCUGCUGGAGGAGAGCUCCUUCGCAACGCUCUUCCCCAAGUACAGGGGCGGUUAA